AUGUCUGAGCCCCAGCAAGAUGGGGGUACCAGGGGUGCGGCAGUAGAGGAGGGCUCUUUGGGGUAUGGGGAGAGAGAGGCGAGCGGUGGGGCUACCUCUAUGCAAGUGAAUGAGAGUGAGGGAGGCUCGGCUGGGUCUUACUCUUUGGGGAACGAUUAUCAGAAAAGCACAGGAGGUGGGUCAUGGGGUAAUGAUGAUUGGUCGAAAUGGAAGGGUAGCUCUGAGGAGAUUCUUGGUGGGGUCAGAGCCGUGGGGGAGGGUGGGGCGAGCAGUCGUCUGGUCGGAGUAAUAGAGGCUAUGGGAGGAACAACGAUUGGGGUAGUGGUGGAGGAGGAGGAGGAGGUUAUCGGUGGUCAAACUAUAAGAGACCUCGCGAUUAUGAUUACAAUCAUCAGAACAAGCCGACAGCCUGACUAUGAUGAGAAUAAACCAUUGCCGCACUACUUUCCGGAUAGGAACAUGCUCAAAACUGAUAUCAUAAAGCACCUUUACGAAUUCCCUCGCGCUGAGAACCCUGAUAGAGACUUCAUGCGGAACCUACCACACUCCGCUGAACCUUGUGAGAAAUGCAAGAUGGAGAAUAAGCAGUGCAUCUGUGACACAGCGAAUACACUGGGGGCGACUUCCCAUCCUCGGAAUGCAGGAAUACCCGAUACGGUGAAGGAGGCUAAGAGGAAGCUCAACGAGACCAAGUGCCAGCUGGACGGUCUCGACUUGGAGUCGUGGAAACCUCAUACGAGGAGCACACUCGUUACGUCGUUUGUGGUACGGGAAGUGAGGAAUUAUUCCCAGGCGGAGCUGUGUACCAACGCCUGGUGUAAGAUGAUGGAGAUGCUGGAGGCCAUGCCUCUCGUGCCCAAAGAGCCCUUCUUACUGAUCUAUAUAGGGACCAUGCAUCUUUGUGAGUGCCCUGGAGGAUUCAUAUCUGCUACCAAUCACCACCUAAGAACUAAGCAUCCGAGGAUGAAGAACUGGCAGUGGAUGGCUAUAACGUUGAAUCCGUACUUUGAAGGGAACAGUCUGACAGCAAUGAUUGACGAUGACGCCUUUUAUCGAGAGACUUAUCUCAAGUGGAGCACUGGGGUCGAUGAUAGCGGCAACAUUAUGGCGUAUAGGAAUGUUCGAGAUUUGGUUGAGAGGGCACAGAGGAAACAGCAAGUGUGCGAUAUAGUCACGGCAGAUGGCUCUGUGGAUUCACAGUUCGAUGCAAACAACCAGGAACGGAUCACGACUCGACUGCAUUUCUCGGAGUUGGUGGCAGCACUCGGCCUUUUACGUACUGGAGGAUCGCUGGUGUUGAAAAUGUUCACACUAUUUGAGCCCUCCUCUAAGGCUAUCAUCUGGCUGGUCCGAGCUAUGUUUGAUCGAUGUAUAGUAUGCAAGCCCGAGAUGAGUAAACCUGGGAAUUCGGAGGUUUAUGUAGUCGGCCUUGGUUUUGGUUUUAUCCGUUCGGCAGUGCUGAACCGUCUGAUGGCGCUGAUGGAGGAUGACGCCUUGUGGGCUGGCUUUGAGGCGGGUGAUGACGAGCUGCUCGAGAGGGCUAUUGUGCCGGAUGCUUGGAUGUCCGAGGAUUUCACGAAGGCUUUUGCGAAGUGCUCAGCUUACUUCUCGACUCAGCAGACAGACUACAUUGAGCGCAAUCUACGUCUUUUCAAAGAAUUCCCCUUCGAGGAAAAGCAGCUGAUCAAUGCCAGGAAAAGGAGUUAUCCGACAGCUUUUAUUGAGAGGUUGGACUUACGUCGUCUUAAGGAGGAGGAUAAGAUUGUCCCUGAUCCGGCGAUUCCUUUAAAUCAAGGGGGCAAUAUCAACAGUACCAGGUCCUUGCCGACAGCUGGUAAAGCUAACAAGAGCGGCACUCAGUCUUCUAGGGCCGAGUUUAGGAGGCUCUAUGAGCAGACUCAGGGUCGGAGAGCAGACCUAGCUAAGGAGAAGCCACAUGCUGGGUUCGUCCCGACUGAAGGCGGUUCGACGGUGAUGAAGGGGGCUCGAGCAGAGGAGGAUGAGGAGAAGGUGCCGGCUAUUGGCAGCAACUUGAGCAAGGCACUGUUGGAGAAAGCGGGGUUGACAGGAGAGGGUCUCAAGCAUGGCAACCCGAUAGUUGAAGUGGAGAACCGGCGGCCCACGGAUCGCCGAGGUCUUGGGCACGGCUCUGUAGGGGAGUCUUCUGGCGGGCCGAUGGUGAUGCAUGCCAAGCCGGCAAUGAAAAUGAGGAGGGAGCUGGAGAAUACUCUGCUGGGGAAAAUCAGUAGCGGUGACUAUUUGAAAGAGUCAUGGUACGUAGAGGGUGGUGGUAUGUUCACUGAGUGUGGGGUGCCGUUGGAGCCCUAUGAAGUGAAGUUAUCCAAGUUCGCUGACUCGGAUGCUCUUGAUAAAGUCGUCUAUUAUCGCACUGAAGCGGCAUGGGAGCAGCAGAGUGGCAGAGUGGAAGUGCCGAAACCAGCAGAAGACGAGAGUGCGCUCGAGGAGAUAAGGAAAGUGGCGGGCUUUGUGGAGGUCCCUCUUGGGGAGUAA